AUGUCGGACAAAGAACAGCAGUACGACACCGUCGAGCAGCUCAGCAAGUCCCCCACUUCAGACUCCGACCGCCUCAAUGAAGAUCGCAUCAACCGCUUCAGCCCGGAGGAGCAGAAAAAGAUCAUUCGCCGCAUUGAUCGACGACUCGUCCUCACCCUGGGCUUCCUCUACUGCGUCUCGCUGAUGGACCGCACCAACUUGGGUAUCGCCAGUGUAGCAGGAAUGGGUGUCGAUUUGGCCCUCAUCGGCGAACGCUACAACAUUAUCGUCUUGCUUUUCUUUAUCACCUACGUUCUCCUGCAGCCACCUGCUACGGUUGUCCUUCGCAAACUUGGUCCCCGCGCUUUCCUGCCAACCAUCACUGUGCUCUGGGGCGUCACCAUGAUCUGCUUUGGGUUCGUCAAGGUUUGGACCGAUAUGAUUCCGCUCAGGCUUGUGCUCGGUAUCUUCGAGGCUGGUUUCUUUCCCGGAUGCGCUUAUUUGCUAUCAUGCUGGUAUCCAAGAUAUGAGCUCCAGAAGCGUAACGCUGUCUUCUACCUCAUCGGGUCCAUGGCGUCGGCCUUCGCUGGUAUCCUUGCCUACGGACUAUCUCAACUCAAGAACCACGGCUCGGGCCCAUCUUGGUGGGGUGGAAUCUACAGCUACCCUACCGCAAAGAAUCCCGAUCUUCCCUUCCUGCGCCACGGAGGUAUUGCUGGCUGGAGGUGGAUCUUCAUCUUGGAAGGUGUCCUGACCUGUGUCUUGGGCAUCGGAGCCUAUUUCAUCAUUGUCGACUUUCCGGAGAAGGCAACGGCCACCUUCGGCCUCAAGUUCCUGAAUCAAGAGGAGGUCGACUUUGUCGUCGCACGGAUCGAGAAAGAUCGUCACGAUGUCCUUCCCGAGGAGUUUAAGGUGGGAAAGUACCUCAAGAACGCGCUCGAUCUCAAGGUCUGGGCCUUCGCUUCACUCUUCGGCCUGACCACGACCUGCACCUACGCCAUCGCCUACUUCCUGCCCAUCAUUCUGAACGAGGGCAUGGGUUUCAAUGUUGCUGCCAGCCAGUGCCUUGUCGCACCACCCUACGUCCUUGCCGCCAUCGUCAUGUACGCAUUCGCCUACCUCGGUGACAAGUGGCACUUGCGAAGCCCGUUCAUUUUGUUUAAUGCAUGCCUGGGCCUCCUCGGUCUCGGCCUGUUGGGCUACGUCAAGAACGUCGGCGUCCGCUACUUCGGCGUUUUCCUUGCUACCUCUGCCUGCAACGCCAACGUCCCCUGCGUCUUGACUUGGCAAGCCAACAACAUUCGCGGUCAAUGGAAGCGUGCCCUCUGCUCUGCGACCCUUGUCGGCUUCGGAGGCAUCGGCGGUAUCAUCGGCGGCACAGUCUUCCGCGCCAAGGACAAGCCACACUACGAGCCCGGUAUCUGGACAUGCAUGAUUGCUUUCUCGCUCAUCAUUGUCAUUACGCUAGCUUUGCAAUUCAAGUUCAUCCGUGCGAAUAAGCGCGCCGAGGCGGGUGGAAAGCCAAUUGAGGGCUUGGUCGGGUUCAAGUAUACAUUGUGA